CAGUCAUGUUUUUGGAGAAUUGAGUGGAAGUGGUGGACACAUACACAGGUUUCAGAUGUGACUUCUUGGGAUCCACAGAACCCAGAAGAACUCUAGGGGGAGAAUUUUGGCAAUGGAGCCAAGGAUAGAUGUCAUCUGGUGCCAGGGGCUGACAUCCUGUCUCCUUCCCCCAACCCUCAGGGCCAUGGUCAGGAGAAGGCACAAAACAGUUCAGUUCCCCAAGGACAUCUGUGGCCCCCUCUGCUGAGCCGGCCAUGCAGGGCUGGACAUGCUGGCCCAGGGGUAUUUGUGGCUUCCCCCUGCUCUGGUGACAGGUGUGCAGCCUGUAGAGGGGGUUUUUGGAGGCUGCCUAGAGGCAGAAGGGUGGGUGUGCCUGGGGUUUGUAGUGGCAGCUCUCCACGGCUGGCUGGUUUAAUUAGUUUGUUUUUUGAGACAGAGUCUCGCUCUGUCACCCAGGCUGGAGUGCAGUGGUGUGAUCACGUCUCACUACAACUUCUGCCUCCUGGUUUCAAGUGGUCUUGUGCCUCAGCCUCCCAAGUAGCUGGGAUUACAGGCAUCCACCACAACACCCAGCUAAUUUUUGUAUUUUUAAUAGAGAUGGGGUCUCACCAUGUUGCCUAGGUUGGUCUAGAACUCCUGACCUCAAGUGAUCCACCUGCCUUGGCCUUCCAAAUUGUUGGGAUUACAGGUGUGAGCCAUAGCACCCGGCCAGUGGCUGGUUUAGUUUUGCCCAUAUCUAGCUUGCUUGCCAUUGCAACUUGGCCCUGUUUCUUGGUUCUUCAUUUGCAGGACAGGUUCCUUAGUUGGGCAUGAGUGGUCCAGCCUGGACUGAUGAGCAUUUAUACAGCACCUGUGGCAUUCUGGGUCUGACCUAGACACAGUAGUAGAGCCUCAAAGCACAAGUGCCCUGGCCUUGCCCUUCAGUCACUUAUUGGGAGGCUGCUGGUCUAAGAGGAAUGAGCUUUGGGCUCACCACUUUCCUGAAACAUGUCACCUUGAAUAGGUGAGAGCCGCAAUCUCUCUGAGGCUCAGUUGUCUCAUCUGGAAAUGGGUUGAAGUAAGGAUUUAGUGAGAUAAUGUGAAUAUCCCCACUUUGGGGCACAGCACAGAGCAGAGGGCACCCAGAGGCCAUGGGCUGAGAUAGCAGGACCCCAUACGUGAUGCUAAUGAAGACGGGAACAGCGGCCACCAUUGACCAAUAGCUCACCACUCGCCAGGCCUGGUAGGUGCUAUUAGUCUCAUUUUUUUGUUGUUAUUUUUGGUAGGACAGGGUCUCUCUAUUUUGCCCAGGCUGGUCUCAAACUCCUGGACUCAAGUGAUCCUCCCUUCUUGGCCUCCCAAAGUGCUGGGAUUAUAGACCUGAACCAUCAUGCCUGGUCUAGUCUUGUUUUAUUUAAUUUUGGCAGAUUCUUGCUCUGUCACUCAGGCUGGAGUGCUGUGGCACAAUUUGGCUCACUGCAACCUCCUCCUCCUGUGUUCAAGUGAUUCUCCUGCCUCAGCCUCCCUAGUAGCUGGGACUACAUGUGCAUGCCACUAUGCCCUGGCUAAUUUUUGUAUUUUUUUUUUUUGAGAUGAAGUCUCGCUUGUCACCAGGCUGGAGUACAGUGGUGCAAACUCGGCUCACUACAACUUCUGCCUCCUAGGUUCAAGCAAUUCUCCUGCCUCAGCCUCCCAAGUAGCUGGGACUGCAGGCACGUUGCCACCAUGCCCAGCUAGUUUUUGUGUUUUUAGUAGAGAUGGGGUUUCACCACAUUGGCCAGGCUGGUCUGAACUCCUGACCUCAAGUGAUCCACUCACCUCAGCCUCCCAAACUGCUGGAAUUAACAGGCAUGAGCCACUGUGCCCGGCCUGGUCUAGUUUCCUUUUAGAGAUGAGAAAACUGAGGCUCAGAGAGGUAACUUAUUCAAAGUCAUACCGUGGUUGCAAGUGACAGUGCUGUGUCUCACAUGCAAUCUCAGACCUGAUACUGACGCCAGAGCUGUGGGCCUAACCACUACACCACAUAGCCUCCUUGCCCCAGGGAAGGAACAGUGGGAGGUGGUCAGUGACCUCUGGGUGUCAGGACUCUGGGAUAUAGGGACUGUGCCUUUUGUGUGGGUGUGUUUUGUUUUGUUUUUUUGAGACGAAGUUUCCCUCUCGUUGCCCAGGCUGGAGUGCAAUGGCACAAUAUUGGCUCACUGCAACCUCCGCCUCCUGGGUUCUAGCAAUUCUCUUGCCUCAGCUUCCCAGAUCUCAGUAUCAGGCAUUAUAGGCAUGCGCCACCAUGCUCGGCUAAUUUUUGUGUUUUUAGUAAAGACAGGGUUUCACCAUUUUGGUCAGGCUGGUCUCGAACUCCUGACCUCAGUGAUCCACCCGUCUUGGCCUCCCAAAGUGUUGGGAUGACAGGCAUGAGCCAUGGCACCCAACCGGGACUGUGCCUUUUGGGUUUUCAAAUGAAUGAAAUGAGUAUUUCUGAUUAUGCACACACGAUAUUUUGAUUAAUUCCUGGACAACUCCAAUAUUAUCACAACUUACGUAAGAGGACACUGAGCUCAGAGAGGCAAAGUCACUGUCCCUAGUGCACCCAGCUAGUGGGGACUGGGGUGAGUAAGUGCCUAAAGGGCAAGGCUGGGGCAUUUGCGCUUCCAGACUCUACCACUGUGUCUAGGUCAGACCUAGGAAUGCCACAGGUGUUGCAUAGAUGCUCAUCAGUCCAGGCUGGACCGCUCAUGCCCACCCAAGUUCCUAGCCUGGUCUGGGUGAUCUCACAGCCUGCUUUCUUUGCCCUGAACCUGUUUUGGGAAAAUAUACUCCCAGCAUGCUGCAAAUCCUCGAAUUCUUAGCUAACCAUGUGGCCCCCAUCCUGGGCCAGCAAAGUUAGUCCCGAAGGCAGGACUCUGGACUUUCCCACUGCAUGGCUACUGACCCCACCCGCUAGGGCUUGGAGGGCUCUAGGACCCAGCAACCUGCAGAAGGUGGCGAGAGUGUGAGGUCCUGACCUCCAGGUGCCUCCCCUCCUUGCCUCCCCCCAUUCCCUGUUCUUCUCUCUCCCUUUCUCUCCCGUCCGUCCCCUCUCUUUUUUUUUUUUAUUGCAUUUUAGGUUUUCGGGUACAUUCCCCUCUCCUUCAUCCUUCCUCUUCCUUCAGCUCCUCCGCCCCCUCACCCCCACCCCUGCCUCUGCUUCCCUCCCCUUGUCUUUUCCCAUCCCCUCCCUCUCAGUCCCCAUCCUGCUCCUCCCACCGCUGUGGUCACAUGGGGGCGCUGCCGGAUUUAAGCUUAAUCCGCCUGGUGCUCAGCACAGCAGCCUGGCUAUGGGGAAUGCUGACUGAGCUAGUCUUGGAGUCCUGGAGAAGGGGGCUGGGGGUGCCCACAGUGUCCCCUCCAUGAGCUUGGGACUGGCGAGGGCACAGGAGGCCGAGCUGACACUAGAGACGGUUAUCCAGGUGCGUCCUGAGGGCUGUGCCCACCCUGUCCGGGACUGUAGCGUGGACUUAGCAGGAGUGGUGAGAGACACUGGAGAGCAGCGUCCUGUGCCAGGAGAAGGGUUCAGGGGCACGGGACCUGGCCCAGGACGCUCAGACCACCAGCCUGCCUGCCCGCAUCAGGGAGAUUGUCACUCGCAACCUCUCUCGGCCUGAGAGCCCAGUCCUGCUGCCGGCCACAGAGAUGGCAUCGCUGCUGUCACUGCAGGAGGAGAAUCAGCUGCUGCAGCAGGAGCUGUCCCGCGUGGAGGACCUGCUGGCCCAGAGCCGCGCCGAGCGCGACGAGCUCGCCAUUAAGUACAACGCGGUCAGCGAGAGGCUGGAGCAGGCUGUGCGGCUGGAGUCUGGGGAGCUGGAGACACAGGAGCCCAGGGGGCUGGUACGGCAGAGCGUGGAGUUGAGGAGGCAGCUGCAGGAGGAGCAGGCCUCCUACCGGCGCAAGCUGCAGGCCUACCAGGAGGGCCAACAGCGGCAGGCCCAGCUUGUGCAGCGGCUGCAGGCCAAGAUUCUCCAAUACAAGAAGAGGUGCUCGGAGCUGGAGCAGCAGCUGCUGGAGAGAUCCGGAGAGCUGGAGCAGCAGCGGCUGAGGGAAACAGAGCACAGCCAAGACCUGGAGCGCGCCCUCAUCCGGCUGGAGGAGGAGCAGCAUAGGAGUGCCAGCCUGGCCCAGGUGAAUGCCAUGCUCCGAGAGCAGCUGGACCAGGCAGGCUCGGCCAACCAGGCUCUGAGUGAGGACAUACGAAAGGUGACCAGUGACUGGACACGAAGCUGCAAGGAGCUGGAGCAGCGGGAGGCCGCAUGGAGGCGCGAGCAGGAGUCCUUCAACGCCUAUUUCAGCAAUGAGCACAGUCGCCUGCUCCUGCUCUGGAGGCAGGUGUUGGGGUUCCGGCGGCUGGUCAGCGAGGUGAAGAUGUCCACUGAGAGGGACCUGCUGCAGCUUGGAGGGGAGCUGGCUCGGACAUCACGAGCUGUCCAGGAGGCGGGCCUGGGACUGAGCACAGGGCUGCGGCUGGCAGAGAGCCGGGCCGAAGCAGCCCUGGAGAAGCAGACCCUGCUACAGGCCCAGCUGGAGGAGCAGCUACGGGACAAGGUGCUCCGUGAGAAGGACCUGGCCCAGCAGCAGAUGCAAAGUGACCUGGACAAGGCUGACCUCAGUGCCAGAGUGACAGAGCUGGCCCUGGCAGUGGAGCGUCUUCAGAAGCAGAAUCUGGAGAAGGAUCAGGUCAACAAGGACCUCACCGAGAAGCUUGAGGCACUGGAAUCCCUGCGGCUACAGGAGCAGGCAGCCCUGGAGACAGAGGAUGGAGAGGGGCUGCAGCAGACCCUAAGGGACCUGGCACAGGCCGUCCUGUCCGAUGCUGAGAGCGGCGUCCAGCUGAGCAGCUCCGAGCGCACCGCAGAUGCAUCCGAUGGCAGCCUGCGGGGGCUCUCAGGGCAGCGGACCCCAUCCCCACCGCGGCGCUCCUCGCCGGGCCGCGGCCGUUCGCCCCGCCGAGGCCCGUCCCCGGCCUUCUCAGACUCCUCCACGCUCGCCCUGAUCCAUUCUGCUCUGCACAAGCGCCAGCUGCAGGUUCAGGACAUGCGUGGGCGCUAUGAAGCAAGUCAGGACCUGCUGGGCACCCUGCGGAAGCAGCUUAGUGACACCGAGGGGGAGCGGCGUGCCCUAGAGGAACAGCUACAGCGCCUGCGCGACAAGACUGAUGGCGCCACGCAGGCCCACGAGGACGCCCAGCGCGAGGUGCAGCGGCUGCGGAGCGCCAAUGAGCUCCUGAGCAGGGAGAAGAGCAACCUGGCCCACAGCCUGCAGGUGGCCCAGCAGCAGGCUGAGGAGCUUCGGCAGGAGCGGGAGAAGCUGCAGGCCACCCAGGAGGAGCUGCGGCGCCAGCGGGACCGGCUGGAGGAAGAGCAGGAGGACAUGGUGCAGGAUGGCGCUCGGGUGCGCCGGGAGCUUGAGCGCAGCCAUAGACAACUAGAGCAGCUAGAAGGGAAGCGCUCAGUCCUGGCCAAGGAGCUGGUGGAGGUGAGGGAGGCGCUGAGUCGCGCCACGCUGCAGCAGGACAUGCUGCAGGCCGAGAAGGCUGAGGUGGCCGAGGCGCUGACCAAGGCUGAGGCUGGCCGCGUGGAGCUUGAACUCUCCAUGACUAAGCUGAGGGCAGAGGAGGCCUCCCUGCAGGACUCCCUGUCCAAGAUGAGUGCCCUCAACGAGAGCCUUGCUCAGGACAAGUUGGAUCUGAACCGCCUUGUCGCCCAGCUGGAGGAAGAAAAGGCAGCCCUGCAGGGCUGGCAGCGGCGGGCGGAGCAGGAGGCCACAGUGGCGCGGGAAGAGCAGGAGCGGCUGGAGGAGCUGAGGUUGGAGCAGGAGGUGGCGCGGCAGGGCUUGGAGGGCUCCCUACGAGUGGCGGAGCAGGCGCAGGAGGCGCUGGAGCAGCAGCUUCCCACACUGCGCCAUGAGCGCAGCCGGCUGCAGGAGCAGCUAGCCCAGCUUUCCCGGCAGCUGAGCGGGCGGGAGCAAGAGCUGGAGCAGGCCCGGCGGGAGGCCCAGCGGCAGGUGGAGGCGCUGGAGCGCGUGGCCCGGGAGAAGGAGGCACUAGCCAAGGAGCGCUCUGGCCUGGCCGUGCAGCUGGCAGCUGCAGAGCGUGAAGGCAGAACCCUGUCAGAGGAGGCCACACGCCUGCGCUUGGAGAAGGAAGCCCUGGAGAGUAGCCUGUUUGAGGUGCAGCGGCAGCUGGCCCAGCUCGAGGCCCGCCGGGAGCAGCUGGAAGCUGAUGGGCAGGCCCUGCUGCUGACCAAGGAGACCCUGACUGGGGAGUUGGCGGGCCUUCGGCAGCAAAUAAUAGCUACACAAGAGAAAGCCAGUCUAGACAAGGAGCUGAUGGCCCAGAAGCUGGUGCAGGCUGAGCGGGAAGCCCAGGCCUCUCUGCGGGAGCAGCGGGCAGCCCAUGAGGAGGACUUACAGCGACUCCAGCGUGAAAAGGAGGCAGCAUGGCGGGAGAUGGAGGCCGAGCGAGCCCAGCUGCAGAGUCAGCUGCAGCGUGAGCAGGAGGAGCUGCUGGCCCGGCUGGAGGCCGAGAAGGAAGAGCUGAGUGAGGAGAUAGCUGCCCUGCAGCAGGAGCGUGACGAGGGCCUCCUCCUGGCGGAGAGUGAGAAGCAGCAGGCUUUGUCUCUGAAGGAGUCUGAGAAGACGGCGCUGUCAGAGAAGUUGAUGGGCACACGGCACAACCUGGCCACCAUCUCCCUGGAGAUGGAGCGGCAGAAACGGGACGCCCAGAGCCGGCAGGAGCAGGACCGGAGCACCGUGAAUGCUCUGAUGUCUGAGCUGCGGGACCUACGGGCCCAGAUGGAGGAGGCUGCUGCGGCCCACGCCCAGGAGGUGAGGAGGCUGCAAGAGCAGGGCCGAGACCUGGGCAAACAGCGCGACUCCUGUCUUCGAGAGGCAGAAGAGCUUCGGACCCAGCUGCGUCUUCUGGAAGAUGCCCGAGAUGGGUUGCGGCGGGAGCUGCUGGAGGCCCAGCGCAAGCUGCGUGAGAGCCAGGAGGGCCGUGAGGUGCAGCGCCAGGAGGCGGGUGAGCUGCGGCGCAGCCUGGGCGAGGGCACCAAGGAGCGCGAGGCCCUGCGGCGCUCCAAUGAGGAGCUGCGGGCUGCUGUGAAGAAGGCAGAGAGUGAGCGCAUCAGCCUGAAGCUUGCCAACGAAGACAAGGAGCAGAAGCUGGCACUCCUAGAGGAGGCACGGACAGCUGUGGGCAAGGAGGCUGGGGAGCUGCGGACUGGGCUGCAGGAGGUGGAGCGCUCACGGUUGGAGGCUCGGCGGGAGCUGCAGGAGCUCCGGCGGCAGAUGAAGGUGCUGGACAGUGAGAACACCAGGCUGGGCCGGGAGCUGGCAGAGCUGCAGGGCCGCCUGGUGCUGGGUGAGCGGGCAGAGAAAGAGAGCCGACGGGAGACGCUGGGCCUCAGGCAGAGGCUGCUGAAGGGCGAGGCCAGACUGGAGGUGAUGCGGCAGGAGCUCCAGGUAGCCCAGCGGAAGCUGCAGGAACAAGAAGGCGAGUUCCGAACCCGCGAACGAGGCCUGCUGGGCUCCCUGGAGGAGGCACGCGCCACUGAAAAGCAGCAGCUGGACCACGCCCGCGGCCUGGAGCUGAAGCUGGAGGCGGCGCGGGCCGAGGCUGCAGAGCUGGGCCUGCGGCUGAGCGCGGCCGAGGGCCGGGCACAAGGCCUGGAGGCCGAGCUGGCCCGCGUGGAGGCGCAGCGGCGCGCGGCAGAGGCCCAGCUGGGCGGCCUGCGCUCAGCUCUGCGCCGGGGCCUUGGCCUUGGUCGCGCGCCCAGCCCAGCCCCGCAACCAGUGCCCAGCUCCCCUGCCCGGGAUGCGCCCGCUAGAGGAAGUAGGGAAGGGCUCAGCAGCCCUAGCGCCUUAGAAUGCAGCCCUGGGUCCCAGCCACCAUCUCCAGGACCUGCUACCUCCCCAGCUCCUCCAGACCUGGACCCAGAGGCAGUGCGUGGGGCCCUCCGGGAAUUCCUGCAGGAGCUUCGGAGCGCCCAAAGAGAACGGGACGAACUUCGGACCCAGACCAGUGCCCUGAAUCGCCAGCUGGCUGAGAUGGAGGCUGAGAGGGACAGCGCGACGUCAAGGGCCAGGCAGCUGCAGAAGGUGGUGGCUGAGAGUGAGGAAGCCCGGCGCAGUGUGGAUGGACGGCUGAGCGGGGUCCAGGCGGAGCUGGCACUGCAGGAGGAGAGUGUGCGGCGCAGCGAGCGGGAGCGCCGGGCCACGCUGGACCAGGUGGCCACACUGGAGAGGAGCCUGCAGGCCACUGAGAGCGAGCUCCGGGCCAGCCAGGAGAAGAUCAGCAAGAUGAAGGCCAAUGAAACAAAGCUGGAGGGUGACAAGCGGCGCCUGAAGGAGGUCCUGGACGCCUCUGAGAGCCGCACCGUCAAGCUGGAGCUGCAGCGGCGCUCGCUUGAGGGGGAGCUGCAGCGCAGCCGCCUGGGCCUGAGCGACCGUGAGGCCCAGGCCCAGGCUCUUCAGGAUCGGGUGGACUCCCUGCAGAGACAGGUGGCGGACAGCGAGGUGAAAGCAGGGACCCUGCAGCUGACUGUGGAGCGGCUGAAUGGGGCCCUGGCCAAGGUGGAGGAAAGCGAGGGGGCCCUGAGGGACAAGGUGCGGGGCCUGACAGAGGCCCUGGCCCAGAGCAGCGCCAGCCUCAACAGCACCCAGGACAAGAACCUGCAUCUACAGAAGGCUUUGACUGCCUGUGAACAUGACCGCCAAGUGCUCCAGGAACGGCUGGACGCUGCCCGGCAGGCAUUGUCUGAGGCGCGGAAGCAGAGCAGCUCCCUGGGUGAGCAGGUGCAGACGUUGCGAGGCGAGGUGGCUGACCUGGAGCUGCAGCGGGUGGAGGCCGAGGGCCAGCUACAACAGCUACGGGAGGUGCUGCGGCAGCGGCAGGAGGGCGAGGCUGCAGCCCUGCACAUGGUCCAGAAGCUGCAGGACGAGCGGCGGCUGCUGCAGGAGCGCCUGGGCAGCCUGCAGCACGCCCUGGCUCAGCUGGAAGCCGAGAAGCGGGAGGUGGAGCGCUCAGCCCUGCGUCUGGAGAAGGACCGUGUAGCCCUCAAGAGGACGCUGGACAAGGUGGAGCGGGAGAAGCUUCGCAGCCAUGAAGACACAGUGCGGCUGAGCGCAGAGAAGGGCCGCCUGGACCGCACUCUCACAGGGGCUGAGCUGGAGCUGGCCGAGGCACAGAGGCAGAUCCAGCAGCUGGAGGCGCAGGUGGUGGCACUGGAGCAGAGCCACAGCCCAGCCCAGCUGGAGGUGGACGAACAGCAGCAGCAGCGGGAGCUGCAGCAGGAGGUGGAGCGCCUGCGCAGUGCCCAGGCGCAGACCGAGCGCACCCUGGAGGCACGAGAGCGGGCCCACCGCCAGAGGGUUCGUGGGCUGGAGGAACAGGUGUCCACACUGCAGCAGGAGCUUCGAAGGAGCUCAGCACCCUUCUCCCCACCCUCUGGCUCCCCAGAGAAAUGAGCCUCUGCUGGCAUCUAGAGAACAGCCCUGUGCCCGUGUCAGGGGAGGGCCCUCCUUUUGGAAAGCACCCCCAAAGCCUGGUCCCUUGGGGGCCCCCAGCUGGGGUGGGAUAAGAAGGUGUUCCACUGUCAGGGCUGAGGAGGAGUAUUCCAGCUCCAGGCCUGGAGGCUUCCCAGCAUCCAGCAGGGCCCACUCAUUCCAGCCCCCUCUUCCAGGACAGGCCACUGCAGAUCUUACAAGAUCCUCUUUUAGAGGCUGAGCCAUAGCCAGGGUUGGGGAGAGCCCUUUUCUCUGGUCAGCCCUGGAGCACGGGCUUGUGGGAAAGGAGGGGAACCAGGCCCAGGCCCUGACUCCAGCUUCCCAGAGAUCUCUCCACCUUAGUUCAGCGUGUGUGUCAGGAGAUUCCUCAGAGUGCUCAGAGUCCCUGUAUUUUUAUACUUUUACAAUGUUAACUGUUCAGAACUGUUUUUUGUAACAAGACUUCGUUUUCUAAAAAGUUUA